AUGGCGACAGGCUCCGCACGAUAUGUGCGAUACAUUCUUUUCGCCUGCUUCGGCCUCGCGGUCUUCUACUUCAUCUCCCAUUCCAGCUACGAAGGCGUAAGACUCGAGAACGGCAGCUUCAAGUCUCCGGGCCAGGGAGCCGCUCCUGGCCAGGGCCAGCAGGAUCAGGCGAAGGAGCCGGCGAAAGCACCCAGCAGGCCUCAAUCCGACGCUCCCAAAGUAGGCGAGAAGUACGACCCCAAGCAGUGGCCUAUGGCCAUGACCCCGAAUGAGCCUGGCUGGAACGACCUCAAUGGCAUCGCCCCUGGUCCCCGCAUGAACGCGACCUUCGUUACCCUCGCCCGUAACUCCGAUAUCUGGGACAUCGCCCGCUCCAUCCGACAGGUUGAGGAUCGCUUCAACCGCCGCUACAACUACGACUGGGUCUUCCUGAACGACAAGCCCUUCGAUGCCACCUUCAAGAAGGUCACCAGCUCGCUGGUCUCCGGCAAGACAGUCUACGGCGAGAUCCCCAAGGAGCACUGGUCUUUCCCCGAGCACAUUGACCAGGAGAAGGCCCGCAAGGUUCGUGAGGACAUGGCCCAGCGCAAGAUCAUCUACGGCGACUCUGUCAGCUACCGCCACAUGUGCCGCUUCGAGUCCGGCUUCUUCUUCCGCCAGCCCGCCAUGAUGAACUACGACUACUACUGGCGUGUUGAGCCCUCCAUCGAGCUCUUCUGCGACAUCCACUACGACCCGUUCCGCUUCAUGAAGGAGAACAACAAGAAGUACAGCUUCGUCCUGAGCCUGUACGAGUACGUCGAGACGAUCCCCACGCUCUGGGACAGCACCAAGAAGUUCAUGAAGAACCACCCCGAGCACAUUGCCGAGGGCAACUCCAUGAACUGGCUGAGUGACGACGGCGGUGACACCUACAACCACUGCCACUUCUGGUCCAACUUCGAAGUCGGCGACCUCAACUGGCUCCGCUCCAAGGCCUACAUCGACUACUUCGAGUCCCUCGACCAGGACGGCGGUUUCUUCUACGAGCGAUGGGGUGAUGCGCCCGUGCACUCUAUUGCUGCCGGUCUGAUGUUGCCCAAGGAGCAAAUCCAUUUCUUCAACGACAUCGCCUACUACCACGUCCCCUUCACUCACUGCCCCACUGGUGAGAAGGUUCGUCUUGACAGGCGCUGCCAUUGCAACCCCAAGGACAACUUUGACUGGAAGGGCUACUCUUGCACGAGCCGCUUCUUCGAGACCAACGGCAUGGAGAAGCCGGAAGGUUACGAAAACCAGCAGGACUAA